UCGAAAUGCCUCAUCGCCACUCAUAGCGACACUCACAAUGCCACACUUCACUCGCACCAUCCCCAUCUCCACCUCCACCGCGCGCAACACCCCCAAACCCCCGCCCUCAACACCAUAUCUCCUCUCCGAUCCGCCCUACACCGGCCAACUACCCACUUCCACCUCCACCUACCGCACCAGCAUUGGUGCCACCGCCAUAGUUAUCGACAAUGGCUCCUCCUCCGUCCGCGCCGGCUGGCAGACCGACGCCUCCCCGCGACUGCAGUUCCCACCGCUCAUGGCCCGCUAUACGGACCGCAAACUGAACCGACGGCUGUGUUUCAUUGGUAGCGAGAUCUACUUUGAUGGCACCGCAAGGGGCCAGGCGAAGAGUCUGUAUGAGCCGGGUAGUAAUGUGGUCAACAAUUGGGACGUUCAGGAAGGUAUUCUGGAUUACAUCUUCGUGAAGCUGGGCGUGGAUGGAAGGGAUGGGGUUGUAGAUCGGCCGGUGGUCAUGACGGAGCCGUUGGCCAAUACGGGAUAUACGCGCAAGGUCAUGAGCGAGCUGCUUUUCGAACUCUACAAUGUCCCAAGCGUGGCAUAUGGGGUCGACGCUCUGUUCAGCUACAACUAUAACGGCGGCAACACAGGCCUCAUAGUCAGCAGUGCGAACACCAGCACUCAUCUUAUCCCAGUCGUCAAUCAGCAGCCAUUGCUGGGCCAAGCAACACGCCUGGACUGGGGCCGAGCCAACUGCGCCGACUUACUUACCCGCCUUCUCAGAACCAAAUACCCAGGACUCCUCACGACGGGCAAAGUAACAGAUACCCAGAUCGAAGACCUUGUCCGGCAGCAUUGUUACAUCAGCCUCGAUUAUGACGCAGAGAUGCAGCGGAUGCUCGAUUGGACGGGGCUAGAAGCGCGCGACCACCUUGUCCAACUCCCCUACCAAGAAAAAGAGGUCAUACAGAAGACGGAAGAGGAGCUCCGCAUAGCCGAAGAGCGCAAACGCGAGUCAGGACGGCGCCUGCAGGAGCAAGCGGCCAAGAUGCGGCUGGAGAAGCUCGUCCGGAAGGAGCAAGAACUGGAGUACUUCAAGGACCUGCAACUUCGCGUGCAGGAGGCGCCGAACAAGAAGGAAGCGAGAUCUAUGCUGGAGGAGGAAGAGUUCCGGGACGAAGCUGCGUUGGAGAGAAGGAUAAAGGAGAUGGAGAAGAGUAUCCGCCGACAGCGGAAUAAGGAUGUAGGUGAUUUGGAGGAGGAGAGCGAGGAGCCGCCUACGUAUCCUUUGCUUGAUGUGAAGGAUGAGGACUUGGACGAAGAGGGACUCAAGGCGAAGAAGGCGCAGAGGUUGCUCAAGAGUAAUCACGAUGCAAGGGCUCGAGCGAAGGCGGAGAAGGAGGCUGAGAAACUGCGGCAAGCCGAACUCCAACGUCUGGAUGACAUACGCCGCGAAACGGACCUCGAUGCUUGGGUCGCUGAACGGAGGGCUGCGAGGGCCGGUACUAUUCAGAGAAUCAAGGAUAGGGAUCGUUUGAAGGCGGAGUUGGGGAACCGGAAGAGUCAGGCGAGUCAGAUGCGGAUGAAGCAUAUUGCUAACCUAGCGAGUGACACGCCGUUUGGACGGAAGCGGAGACGGGGCCAGAAUGCGGACGAUGAUGGAUUCGGCGCGGAUGAUGCGGAUUGGGCCAUUUACCGUGAGAUCCAAGCAGGCAAAGACAAUGAUGACGAUGACGCGGAGGAGGAGGGAGAGGACUACGGUGCGCAGUUGAAGGAGAUUGAAAAGCAGCUCCUUCAAUACGACCCGAACUUCACGGAGGAGAGUCUGGAAGAGCGAAGACGAGACUGGACACGCAGCCUCCACCACGCCUUCCACCACGGUCCCUACUCCUACGACUCCGAAAGUGCACGAGAGUCUGCUCAACUCCAUCUUAAUGUCGAACGCAUCCGCGUACCGGAAGUUAUCUUCCACCCCGAGAUUGCCGGACUAGACCAAGCAGGCAUUGUCGAGAUUGCCGAGGACAUUCUCACAGAUCCUCUUCGACUGGCGAGCCAUCCUGCUCGCAACGACAUCCUCAAGGACGUCUUCGUGACCGGGGGGUAUGCGCUGUUCCAGAACUUCGAGGAGAGGUUGAGGAGUGAGUUGCAGGCUGUCUUGCCUGUGGAUGUGGCUUUGAGGGUGAGGAGGGCGAGGGAUCCGGUGUUGGAUGCUUGGAAAGGUGCGGCGAGGUGGGCGGGGCAGGUGGAGAGGAGGGGAGCGUUUGUGAGUAGGGAGGAGUGGUUGGAGAAGGGUGGGGAGUACCUGAAGGAGCACCACCUUGGGAAUGCGUUUCCUUGA